UGGACUGCGCAGCGUCGCCAUCGCUGCUGCUGCUGCUUCGUCGUCGGCUAUGUCCUCUGGCUCACUACAUUUGGGACGCUGUAUGUCGAUCUGCUUCGAGGCAGAGCACUUAGAAGAAGAAGAAGAAGCAGAAGAAGAAGCGGAAAAGCCUAUUAGGAAGCAGGGAACGGCCACAGCGGAGGACACGACAGGGAUGAGACUGCUCAACAUAGCCACUGCUGAUUCGCACAAACAAACUUUCUCUACAGCGUUCACGACGCAGGGGAGAGGGCACAAGCCGAGAGAGAGAGCGAGAGAGAGGGAAAAGAGUGAAUGAGUGAGUGAGUGAGUGAGUGAGUGAAUGAAUGAAUGAAAGAGAGCGUGAGCGAGGAGAGGGAGGAAAGGAGGGGGGAAGGAGGAGAGGGGUCGUGAUUUGCGAUGAUGGUUCAUUGAGUUCUUGGUCACGUCUCUUCAUCAGGUGGUGAUUUGGCCUAGUCUUGGUUCCUCUUUACUAUGGUCACUAAAUCGUAGCUUUCUUUGUAAGUAAGUAGUCUCGUGGGGUUGGGAGGGCCAGCUGUGCCGCUGCAUUGGCAUCGUCGUUUUGGGGAGCUAGGGAGGGUGGGUGGGUAGUGGGUCGAUGAUGCAUCUGUGGGGUUGAAGUGGGGCGUGAGACGAUUGUAAUAGGAGAAGAGAAGAGAUUGUAGAUUGUGGGAUGAUGUGAUUCGGGGUGGGUUUGAGCGAUGGCGGAGGUUUGAAAUGUGUGACAGCGAGGGGAGUGGUACACCAGUUGCGGUGAGAGAGUGGUCCUUGAGGAGGAGAGUGGAGUGCAGCAAUACUGCCAGGGAGAGGAUUACUUGAUUCCAUGGUGGUGAAUGUGUAAAUGCGCGGGUGGUAUCGUGGGAUGCUCUGUGGAAAAGGCUGUGAAGUUGUGGCUGGGCUGGAAGUCGGGUGUGGAGGCUAGGGUGAUGUGUUGGUAGGGAGCGUUGAACGUGGGGGCUUAGAACUUGGCUGGUUUAGACUUCGUAAGCGAAGUGGUGUGUCCUGCUCAAAUUUGUUACGCUGCGAAGGGCGCCUUGAGUGCCCUCAAAAACAAAGAUUGUGGUGCAGGAUAACUGUGGCGAUUUGAUGCAGUUGUCGGACUAUGAGUCUCUGUGUGCCAGAGUGGGACAGAAAUAACGACAUGCUCGAUGUCGUGAUUCCCUCAAAUGACUUUCAUGGACCAGUGAAUUGGAAAGGGGAGGACGUGAGGUCAAUGAAGAUCCACUUCUCUCAGUUAGCAUUGGCACCUGUGCCCGAUCAGGAUACGUUGGGAGUGGGUUGGAAUGAUAAUGAACAUGUAGGCAUGCAUGGUCAAGGUUGUAAAGGUAACAAGUCACAGUGGGAUGUUAAUUACUCAUCGGGGUGGAACAGUGGACAGGAAACUGAAGAUGGAGUGACCCCUUGUAAACCGGAUACUCCAAAGACUGGUGCUUCACCAGAGGCUGUGGCUAAUGAAACAGCCACCGAACCACAUCCGCCCCACAACAUCGAUGUCGAUAGCGACGAAAUGGUGUCUUGGUUACAGUAUCCACUGGAUGAUACCUUGGAGAGGAAUUACUGCUCUGACUUCUUUGGGGAGCUUCCAGAUGCCAACACGCAAUUGCUUAAAGAAUCCUUUGCACAUGGAUCUACCAAGAUAUCGCCGCGCAUUUCGUUUUCAGGAGCUUCAGGGCUCGAUGGUGGAAGUAACAGAGGGACCACUGCAGAUGCUGCGAUGCUGUUAGGUGCUGGCCGCGCGGCAGGUUUUUUUCCUCAAGCUGGAGUGGAGGCCUUCAGUAAAGUGCGUACAAUUCACUCUCCGCAACAACAUUCUUCUCUUCCUAGAUGGCCACAACCACAUAAUCCCAAUUCACCAAAUGGUUCCAGUGAAUGCGCGACAAGUUACUUGACGUCUGCAAAAGUAUCCACAAGCACGUCCGCAUCCCCUUCCAGUCCGAUGUUACCCCCUCGAAUGCUUCUUGGAUCUCCGAUACCGAAUUCGUCCAACACGCCUCAAGCCAGCAGACCUGGAUCCAUGAAUUUCUCUCACUUUUCGAGGCCUGCAGCCAUGGUCAAAGCAAAUUUGCAUAGUCUGGCAGGUAUGAACUGCACCCCCCCGCCCUGUGGACGUUUCAAACAGCAGCAGGGUCUUCCUGGUUGUAGACCGAUCAUAGAGGCGUGUACAUCAACAGAGUCUUCAAUUGCUGAGUCUACCACCACAGGACAGGGGCCGUUGGUAUCCCACCAGGAAGUGAAGACACAACCUGCAGUUUUGGAAAGGGAGCAGAUCAAUAAUGUUGAGGAAUCUAGAUGGCCAUCCGCACCUGGUUUGUCACCGACGAAAGAUCGUGAUUGUGUUGUUUCUGGAGGAGAUUGUAAGAGUUUAACUCCUGAUCAAGAAACCUGCCGGCUAUCAGGUGUGACUAAUGGUGCCGUUCUAGCCUCUUCUGAAAAGGGAGCCUCUCAUUGUACACAACACCUUGAUAUUCAGGAGCCUACCAUCACAUCCUCCUCAGGUAGAUAUGCGACUAGCGCUGAACCACCGAAAGAGCCUGUUACAGGCACGAAAAGGAAGUCAAGCGAAAGAGAAGAACCCGAAUGCCAAAGUGAAGACAUGGAAGACGAGUCUGUGGACACCAAACAAAAACCUGCAACAACCGGUCGUGUAAGUACCACAAAAAGAAGCAGAGCUGCUGAAGUUCACAAUCAGUCAGAGAGACGUCGAAGAGACAGAAUAAAUGAGAAGAUGAGAGCACUGCAGGAGCUUAUUCCAAACUCUAACAAGACGGACAAGGCAUCCAUGCUGGAUGAGGCAAUUGAAUACCUAAAAAUGCUUCAGCUUCAGCUCCAGAUGAUGUCAAUUAGGACGGGUAUGACGUUGCCACCAAUGGUUAUGCCUCCUGGAUUACAGCACAUGCAAAUGCCGCAGAUGGGAGCAAUUCCUUCUAUGGGGAUGGUACAAAUGGGUCUCGGGAUGGGAAUGAUGGACAUGGCCGCACAAGGACGAGCAGUGAUGUCUAUGCAGUCUCAUGCAGGGCCAUCUCUGAAUGGUAAUAUGGCAAGUACAUCUUCCAUGAUUGAUCCACAUGACCUCCGCUAUCAACAACCCGGUGAUAUGGAUUUCAAUACUUACACAGCUCAUCAGCAUCAGUCAAUGCCAAUGACUCAGGCGUUAAAUACAGAUAAAUAUAACGCUUAUAUGUUGCAACAGCACCAGUUUAUACUUCAACAGCAACAGCAGCACCUUCACCAACAACCGCAGCAACAUCACCAGCAGGCUCCCAAUAUGAGUGGGGUCCCACCUCAUUGAUGGAAAUUGAGAUAAGGAGUCGGACAGAUGUUUAACCCUUCUGCACAAUCGGAUGAAACAAAGCUGAAGAGUGUUGAGCUCUGGGAUGGCAAAUGGGGCUGUGCGAACUCUGCAAGAGGUUGUUGCCAGUGUACACUUCAUGCAAUCAGUCUAUUUGCAUUUUAUCUUACCAGGAAGACGAUGGAGGAGAAUAAGGGUUUAGGCUGGUAAACAGUGGUUAUUGACACUGCUAAUCCAUUCUGGAUUUUCAGUAGAAUCAGGGUGGUCUUGGAGACUUGAUGGUUAUCAUUUAGCUAGUCAUUUUCUGCAGUUAUGCAGAAAAAUCGUGAGUUGUGUCAAUAGUUAAAUUCUGAAGCGGAAUUGUAAACGUGAUCGACAUCUAUGAGUGACAUUAACUGUAAAUUUCGCUGUACUAGUGAGGAAGCUUUCACAAAUAUCAGUCUUCACAAAUAAUUGUCGACACACUUGCAACAGGGACAGGUUUGCUGAUUUUGCAACCGUUAUUAUCUUCCCGGUUA